AUGGAGGCAAAAGCAGUGGUUAUAAACGCUAAAGCUGCCACUGAAGGAGUUGAUAACCUAGGAUUUGCCUUAGUCAAAAAUAGAGAAGACGCAGUGUAUACAUUAGUCUUAACCAUUCUAGAACAUUUUAGUGGUAGAUUUACCAAUCAGUAUGAAACCGUCAGAACUCUACUCAAUGGAUUAAGAUGUAGACACUUGGGUGAAUUUAGAUGGUAUAAAGAUACUUAUUUAAGUCGGGUAAUGGAACUUCUCGAAAAUGGAUUAGAAUAUUGGAAAGCCAAAUUCAUAGAUGGCUUACCAUCUUUAUUUGCUGAAAAAGUUAAGAAAACUCUAAGAGAUCCCCAAGGGAUUAUUCUUUAUAACCAUUAUACGUAUGGAAAGCUUAUUGGAGGUUGUACUCAAGAGGGCAUAAAUUUGUGCAAUGAGUUAAAACUCUUUAGACAGCUUAAAAUGGAUAAGCUAAGAGAGAAAUCUCAAUUAGGAGAUUUUUGUACACAGUUUGGGUUACCAGAUGCUUCUAAAGGUACAAAACACGAGACUUCUAAGUCUGAACACCAUAGAUCUCAUCGAAGGAGAAGAAGAUCUAGAGAAGAAAGAGAAGAGCGUAAGGCUCAUCGAAAAUCUCACAGAUUUACUAAGAAUAGGUCACAAAGAGAUCUUGAUAAAAUCAAAUGCUACAAGUGUGGAAAAUUUGGACAUAUAGCUCUGAAUUGUAAACUGGAGAAGCUUAAAGCUUUAGAACUAGAUGAAGAUAUUCAAGAAAAGGUUUAUAGUUACACUUCUGGUUCCGAGUCAGACUACAAGGAGUCUGAAGCGAGUUAUUAUACAGAGGAUGAUCAACCCGAGUCUUCCAACAAAGAUCAACAAGACUUAAAUGAUUCUUGUAAAUGUCAUGGUGAUAUCUGUAAUUGUGAACAUGGCGAGUUUUACUAA